GACCCUUUACCUCCACCACGACUCCCGAGUCCACGGAAAGAACCUUUUAAUCCACACCAUCCUACUCCACAACCCCUUACCGAGGACGAGAUAUGGCUUGAACAACUCAAACCUGUUAUGCAGUACAACUCCGAGACUCCUUGGCCGGCAUCCUUUUAUGAACAACCUUUCCAAGCCCCAGCGUGGUAUUCAGCGUGUCCAGAGGGUUACGAGCCGACAACUCUUACCGGAUAUCCCAUCAGAAGGCAGUAUCCAACUUAUGUACCUGCAGCCCAUGACCCAGACUUGGUGCGUGAUGAGUAUGGACACUACUGUGUUGACCUCAGAGAGACAAGAGAAUGGGGUCAAUGUUGCAUGGGCAAGUGUAAGGGAUGCGAGAUUUGUCGUCCAGGC